AUGCUCUCGGUGGUGCUCAGACAGACAUGGGCCUGCAGCAUCACACGAACGCCCCCACAUGUAAGACUGAGACUGGGACCGAGGCACUCGAGUACAUCAACCUCCGGCCCAAAUUAUGAUCUCAUCCAAUUGUUAACGCGGUACAAGGCGGAGGCGGAAGCAAGCGACGCAAGGAACCCGUACAAAGUGCGCGCGUACGAGCGUGCUAUCAAGGUCGUCGCCGGGAUGGACGAACCUGUUCGAUCAGGCGGACAAGUGAAAAGGCUAGGCGGAGUAGGCGACCGCAUUGCAAAGCGUAUCGAUGCUUUCAUUGCGAACGUGUCAUAUGUCCCCACGAACACCACACAAAAGACCCAACGAUCACACACAUCCGCGGUCGCCGACAACGGCUCAGAUGAUGGGAAGGACGGGCACAAAGACAAAGGUGCACGCAGUCAAUAUGUCAUACACGCUCUUCAACUCGUCCCCGGUAUUGGGAGAACACGCGCUGAGACGCUCUACCAUGCAGGGUGCACAUCCCUCUCUGACCUGAUCAAGCCGGAAUUUUUCGACUUGCUAACCCCUGCACAGCAGAUCUGUGCACGGUUCGCUGGCUGCAUGAAUUCGACGGUAACGCUUAAAGAGGCCGAGUCUGUGCACAAAUUCGUAUCCGAGAAUAUAUCAAACAAGUAUGAGGUCAUUUUGGUUGGCGACCACCGUCGCAACCAACCCUCCUCAAACGACGUCACUCUCCUCAUCGUACACCCCUUCGAGCCAGCGUUGAAACCACCCAAAGAUUCAUACGACUCUGCCCAAAAACCCCCAAAGCCCAGAUCCACUCAAUUCUAUGCCGUAGGCGACACCUUCGUCCAUUUCUCUCAAAACGUGCACAGCACAGCACUCUUUCUGGACGUGGUUUCGCCCCUUGAAAGUAGGGGAUUAAUAGUUGCAAACAUUUCGGGAGGUCCACAAAGGUGGAGAGGUAUCGUGCGAAUUCCGGAAUGUGUGGAAGGUGGAGAGUGGGAGGGACGUGCAGAGCGGUUGAGCCAGAUCAGGGAUCAGCAGGGAGAUUAUAGAAGGCUGGGAAUCUUUUUCGUACCGAAACAAUGUCAGGGCGCUGCACGUAUUGUCUUAACAGGAGACAUCGAAUUUCUUCGGGAUGUCAAUUCCCGAGCGCACCGGCUCGGCUUACGAUUUGACGAGUAUGGCUUGUGGAAAUGGAUCGAGGGCGAGGGAAAGUGGGAAUUUUUGUAUGGGGAGAGCGAGGAAGUGAUCUUCCGCGAGCUUGGCAUGGACUAUGUCCAUCCUGCAAGACGAAAUUUUACAUUUCUGUCGGGAGAGCGGCCGAGAGGCCGACCGAAGAAGAACAGCGUAGAUGAUCAGAGUACAGAUUCGGCAGGUAACCACCGAAGUGGGGUGGAUCUAGUAGAGACUGCUCAACCCGGGAGAAGGAAGAGAGGCCGACCGAGGAAAGUACCACUGCAGGAGUGAAUGCCGGUGACUUCUGCUACUUCUCCAGCAUGGAUAACACCUAGCCCCGCAUUGAUACGCAUUACAUAUCAAAUCAUUCUACCAUAAUACGUCUGUUCCAAGUUGGAUCCUUUCUCAUACACCUCGGAGUGAGUAUUCUAUCAGUACCAAAUACUUCUCGUACGGUGGACUGGGACCAUAUCUG